AUGGGAUUUAUAGUUCGUACUUCGAAAGGUCUUCAAAUUGAUUUAGAAAAUAAUUUUACUUAUAUUGAUGGUAAAAAAUACUAUUUAAUAGAAGAGCAGCAGUUAGAUAACAAAAAUAAUCAUAAAGGAAUUAAAAAGUUAAGCGAGAAGCUAGAAAACAAUCAAAUUAUUUCACCAUUUUCAUUCAAAGGUAAGCUGGACACAAGUGAAACUUUCCAUAUAUGGUAUCGAGAUAUAAUCCUGCACACUUCUUCAGUCAGCACGUUCUGGUAUCAGUAUCUAAUUCGAGGUGAUUUUAGGCAUGAUUCAUUAAAUAUUUCAAAUGAAGAUGAGAAUUAUAUUAUGUUAAAAGAGCUCAUGAGUAAUACUUUAAUAAAGCUAAUUUUGAACACAUGCUCCAAAGAAUAUAAGAAUAAGUUAGAGGUACAAUUUGGAUCCGGAUUGAAGUCUAUAGAUGGUCAUAAAGUAUUCAUUUGGAUUAGGAAGCAUAUGUACUUCCAGGAUUAUACAAAAAUUCAAGAAAUUAUUGGAGAGUUAUUGGAUAUAUGUGUCCAGGUUAAGUGUGAUAAGGUUAAAUUAGAAAAAUAUGCUAAAGCAUUAGUGGACGAAUUUAAAUUCUUAACAAGGCAAGAAUGGGCAUUAGUUAGUGAAUUGGAUCCUCAAAUGGCUGCUAGUACCAUAUUAUCUAGAGGGUGUUAUUGGGGUGCCGUUCAAAAAUAUCUACUUAAUAUUAUUCGUUCGCCGAAGAAUUGA